AUGCCAAGAAAACCAGAGAAACUUGAGCUUGAGAAUUUGAGUUUGGUGAAGUAUGAGCAAGAAGCAAUGACUCCUACUAUCCGGCUGACAGUUCCGAAUUCUGUGGUUUCUACAAAAAACAAUGACAAAAGUGGAAUCAACAAUCCUGCCUUCAGCUUUGAUAAAGAAGAUAUCUUGAAAAAAUUAGAUUGUGUAUCGCUGGAUAUUCCUUUAUCGCCCGUCCCCAAUAGUUUGAAUCAUCUUGGUUCAAGCAUUAGUUUGUCAGCUUCUCUCAGUGGUGUGGACCCAAAUGGCUUGCUAGCGCCCUCAUUGACCAAUGGUCAGGUUUCACAAGGUCUCAGACAGAGAAGCAGAUGCAACACUGCAAAUGACAGCCUCUUACCUCCCAGUUUAGCUCACAUGCUUGCCAACAAAAGACAUAGUCUACCAGUACCUGGCAAAGUUGACUACUUAACACCUACUGCUCCGUUGUUGGCGCCAACACUGUCAAAUGGGAAACUUUCAAAUGGCAAUGUCAAACAUGACAACAGUAGGUCCAAAUCACAACCUAGUUCCCCUAUCAGAUCAAAAUCACCAUGGGAACGAUUAUUUGGUAGCAAAAAGGACCGACAACCUUCGGUUAUAAGCAGUGUUAGUGGACUAAGUGACUUUAGCGGAAGUGCUGCAAGUUUUGAUGGAGAUGGAAGUUUACCAUCAAUUCACUCACCUGCUGGUACAAAACUACGAGACCUUGUGAAAUCUGUUACACAGCAAGCAAAGAAACUACGUAAAAAUGAAAUACACCCAGCACCAGCCAUUACACCAGCAUCUGAACCAUCUACACUGGCACCUCCAACACAUGCAGCAAACAACCAGCUAGAUGCAGAAAACAACCAUGUAGAUGUAGCAAAUAACCAGGUAGAUGCAGCAAACAACCAGGUAGAUGUAGCAAACAACCAGCUAGAUGGAGCAAACAACCAGCUAGAUGCAGCAAACAACCAGCUAGAUGCAGCAAAUAACCAGCUAGAUGCAGAAAACAACCAGGUAGAUGAGCAAACAACCAGGUAG